GGGGGGCUGGAGGAGCUGGGGGGAAACUGGGAGCUGUCCUGGCUCUGCCAUCCACGGAGGAACAAAGAACUCCUCCAUGUGAGUGAUGGGCACAGUGCCGAGUGGUGGCUGUAGAUCUCAUGUAAUGACUCCUAGGCUGAAAGGAAAGGUGGCCCCCAGUGCUCAGGGGUUAUUUCUGCCUUGUAUGCCUCUUCCCCCUCACAACCCAAAUGUCCAAAAUCCCCAACUGCUCACAGUGAGGUAGAGAAGCAGUGCAUCCCUCCCUGCGGCAUCCAAAACCAAUGGAUGGAGAGUGCAAAACUUGAAACUGCCGCUGCUCCACUCUACUGCUGUGGGCAGGGAGGCUCCCACUUGGGUUUUCUCCUCUCAUGGAGCUGCUUAGUGCUGGAGGAGCUGCAGCACCCACAGCACUGCUGCAACAGCAGCAGGCUGAAACGUCUGGGAAACGGGGGAGGUGGGGACAGGUGCAGGAAAUUGGGAUAUUUGCAUAUUUUAAAUUGUUAAAGAAAAAUAGAACUCAGGGCAGAGUGGUUUUGGGAGCUCUGCAAAAUAUGCAGCUCCCAUGCAGCGCAGAGCAGUGCAGGGAAGCACGGCUCUGCUGCAGGGCUGGCAGCAUGGUGAGGACUGGCAGCUGCAUCCCUGCAGCAUUUCCUCCUCCCAGACCUUUCUGGCUCGGUAUCUGCCCCAGGCCCUUCUCUUUCUCAGCGGCAGAUAUUUCCUUUAUCUUCCUUUCCUCAUUCCUUGUGCAUGCAGAAGGAUGGCAUUGAUGGGACAGUUAUUUUGCAACACUCCUUCCCACCCUUGUUCCCGUGUCCCAUCUCACCCGUGAUGCCUCAGGAGUAAGGGAGUGGAAUGGGAUGCACUGCGCUGAUGCCCUCUAUCCGUGCCUGCAGCCAUGUGCUGCAGGGUGAGAGGUCCUGUGGCUGGAGUUCCUCACAAUCCUUGGUUCCCCUGCAGGCGGCCUGGCUGGGCAUCAACAUCUUCCUCUUCACAUACUACUUUCUGUUCUUCGACCGGGACGAGCGGUACUUCUACACAAGGGCCAUCCUCGGGUCUGCCUUGGCGUGGGCCCGGGCAUCGGCCAAGUGCCUCAACUUCAACAGCAUGCUGAUCCUGCUGCCCGUCUGCCGCAAUCUGCUCUCCUUCUUGCGCGGGAGCUGCUCGGUGAGUGCCCAUGGGCAGUCCCACAGAAUGUCUGUCCCCAUCCCUGCUUCCGUCCCCAUCCCAACCCUGCCACCUCUCCUUGCAGUGCUGCAGGAGGACGCUGCGCAAGCAGCUGGACCACAACCUCACCUUCCACAAGUUGGUGGCCUAUGCGCUGGCCCUGUUCACAGCUGUGCAUACCAUUGCCCAUCUCUUCAACUUGGAGCGCUACAACUACAGCCAGCAAGCCAACGAUGGCAGCCUGCCUGCUGUCCUUUCCAAGAUGCACCUGCAGGACAGCAACAAGUGGCUGAACCCCAUCCAUUCCAACCAGACGGUGAGCGUGGGUCCACCGCUGCCAACCCCUUGCCCUGUGCCUACCCUGACCCCAUCCUCCUGCCACCUCUGCAGACCGUCGAGUAUGUGGCCUUCACCACCAUCCCAGGGCUGACCGGGGUCAUCAUCACUCUGGCGCUCAUCCUCAUGGUCACAUCUUCCACUGAGUUCAUCCGCAGGAACUACUUUGAGGUCUUUUGGUACACACACCACCUCUUCAUCAUCUACUUCAUCGGCCUUGUCAUCCACGGUGUCGCCGGGUUGGUGCGUGGGCAGACGGAGGAGAGCAUGAAGGAGGUGCACCCACAGCGCUGUGCUGAGUUCCUGGUGCACAAGCCCAAGGAGUGCAGGCAGGAGUGCUGCAAGGAGCCCGAGUUUGGUAGCAUCCCCGCAGAGUCCUGGAAGUGGGUUUUGGCUCCCAUCAUCCUCUACAUCUUUGAGAGGAUCCUGCGCAUCUGGCGCGCGCGCCAGAAGGUGGUCGUCACCAAGGUGGUCAUGCACCCUGCUAAAGUGCUGGAGCUGCACAUGCAGAAGAAGGGCUUCCGCAUGGAAGUGGGACAGUACAUCUUUGUCAACUGCCCCGCUGUGUCCCUGCUGGAGUGGCACCCCUUCACCCUCACCUCAGCACCUGAGGAGGACUUCUUCUCCAUCCACAUCCGGGCGGCUGGGGACUGGACGGAGCGCAUCAUUGACACUUUCCAGCAGCAGAAGCUGGAAAUUCCCAGGAUCGAAGUGGACGGCCCCUUUGGCACAGCCAGCGAAGAUGUGUUCCUGUAUGAGGUGGCCAUGCUGGUGGGAGCAGGCAUCGGCGUUACCCCCUUUGCCUCUAUCCUGAAGUCCAUCUGGUAUAGGUUCCAGCAGAAUGACCAGACUCUCAAGACCAAGAAGAUCUACUUCUACUGGCUCUGCCGAGACACGGGUGCCUUCGCCUGGUUCAAUGACCUGCUUGCCUCACUGGAGCAAAAGAUGGCUGAGUCUGGCAAGGCAGACUUCCUCACCUACCGGCUCUUCCUCACCGGCUGGGACACCAGCAUUGCCAACAACGCAGCACUCAACUUUGACACAGUCACGGACUCAGUGACGGGCCUGAGGCAAAAAACCAUAUUUGGGAGGCCCAGGUGGGACACUGAAUUCUCAGCGGUGGCCACAGCCCACCCCAGGUCGGUGGUUGGUGUGUUCCUGUGUGGUCCGGAGGCACUGGCAAAGGUCUUGCAGAGAUCCUGUCACCAGCACUCCAGCUUGGACCCCAGAAAGGUCAAAUUCUACUUCAACAAGGAGAACUUUUAAGCGGGAGCCAGGAUGGGACCAUGGGCAGCAGAGAAUAACCAGCCUGCUGCUCUCACUUCCCUUUUUGAAGCAACUCUGCCUGGAAUGAGCAUCAGCUGAAAAGCUUUGCAUGAGAACCAGGCAAGACAGCUAGAUCAUCCUUCAUAAGAAGAAACUCUGGGUUCACAGACUGCUGCCUCCUUGACCCUACAAAGGGUCCCUGCGAGGGGAAAUGAGCCCAGCUCUCAGCACAGCCCCCCAUGAGACACGCAUUGGGAUGGACCGGAGCAGCACGCAGGUGCAGACCAGCAGGAGGCAAGGGGAGCCCAGCAGGCUGGGCAAUAUGGUGGGGUCAGACGUGACACCAGGGCACUAAGGGCCAAACACACCCCUCCCGAUUUAAGUGUCCCUCUCCAUAAAAUAGUAAAUUAAACUUGUUUU